AUGACAUCCCUUGGCAGCGCGGCAUUGAAGCAGCGCCAUCCCACCUCCCUCCGAGAGGAGUCCCCCUCCAAAACACCGCAUGAUCUUGACACCCUAUCUCCUCCUCUGCCCCUCCACUAUACCCUUCCGACCCCAGUUUCGUCCGCGGAUGGUGCACUGGUAGUCGACCCAUUGACAGGACAGAGGCAAUUCUCGGAAGAAAACGUUCGCAGGGUUGUCAGGCAUCUUUCAGAAGACAUCGGCUACAGGAUUGUUGGUACGGAACAGGACCAGGAGACGCAGGUGUACCUUCUGAGUGAGAUCCAAGCUUUGAAGAUGCAGGCAGAGAAGGAAGGCGUAAGAUGGUCGAGUACUCCUGUCUCUGAAGGGAAGGGUGUAGUUCCUGCAGCCUUUCCCAAGUUCGAUGUGUGGACCCAAAAGGACGACGGAGCGCACCAGUUCGACUUUAUGUCCAAGGUGGUGAUGAAGAUGUACGCCAAUAUGACCAACAUUAUCGUGCGGCUCUCCUGCGGUCCCGAGUGCGACGAAAAUGCAGUCUUGCUGAACGCACAUUACGACACUACCCUGGGGAGCCCGGGUGCUGUGGACGACGCACUCCCGAUCGGAGUCAUGGUGGAGCUCAUCCGGAUUCUCAGCCAACGGCCUGCCCUCAAGAAGAACAGCCUUAUCUUUCUGUUCAACGGCGGCGAAGAGUCGCUGCAGGAUGCAUCGCACUCUUUUAUCAACAACCAUCCCCUCAGGAAAUACAUCAAAGCCGUCAUCAACCUGGAAGGCUGUGGGACAAGUGGACCUGAGAUUCUAUUUCAGGCCAACUCCCGCUCCAUGAUCGAGGCAUACAGCCAGGUGCCAUACCCCCAUGCAACUGUUCUCGCCAACGACCUCUUCGCCACCGGGGUACUCCUGUCAGACACAGACUACAGGAUCUUUGUACAGGAGAACCUCACGGGACUCGACAUGGCGGUGUACAAGAACAGCUACCUGUACCACACACAUCUUGACCUGGACCGCAACAUGGAGCAAGGUCUUCCCCAACAUCUCGGUGAAAACACCCUGGCCCUCGCCAUCUAUGUCGGAGACAAUCUCGAUGUAACCCAGCUGGUGGAGACAUCCAGCGUUGUCUUUUUUGAUGUCCUUGGGCUGUUCUUUGUCUCCUAUUCUCUUAGCGCUGCGAUCUGGUCACACAUUGUAAUCGGAGCCUUGGCUGUCUUUGCCGUCGCCAUCGGGGCGUGUCGACCUACACUGCGGUCAGUCGUAUCUGUUCCACUGUCAUUAGUCGCUGCGCUAUUGGCACCCAAUCUCACGGCACUUUUCCUCCGCGCUAUUGGACGACCCAUGAUUUGGUUUUCACACGAGUGGCUCCCCCUUGUGCUUUACGGGCCACUUGGUGCCGCAGCCAUGUUAACUGUACAGUGGCUGUUCCACGACAAGACGGUCUCCAACGGCGAAAACGAGCUCAGGACACUCUCAGGCAUCACCGUGCUCUACACAAUUCUGAUGGCGGCUGCCUCAAUAGCCAAGAUCGCCAGCAGCUACUUUAUCGCCCUUUACUCCUUGGUCAGCAGUGUGGCUCUCAUUUUCAACCACAAAAGGAUCGCCCAAACUCAUGGGAGCAAUAUAUUGACAGUCGACUACUUGACCUAUUUUGUGGCAUCGGGAGUUCAAACACUCUACGGGAUCUACCUGGGAUUCAGUCUGUUUGACCUGAUUGUUCCCUUGACUGGACGCAUUGGAGUCACCGCGCCUGUGGACAAUGUCAUGGCGGUCGUUACUGGAUUCAGCGUCUUUUUCGUCAGCCCUCCGCUCUUGGCUUUCUCUCAUCGAUUCGGUUCCAUUGUGCUCAAGAAGACUAUUCUCUGCCUCCUACUGGCACAAGUGGCGAUCGUCCUCGUUGGGUUAUCGGUCCUUUCGCCUUACGACAACAUGCAUCCGAAACGCGUGUUUAUUCAGCACCUCCGCAACACGACAUCUGGCGAAUCGCUACUAUAUGUCGCCCACGCUGACCCCGGCCCCUUCUACGAUCUUUAUGUCACGGAGCUGGAAUCAAUGUACCAGAUCAAGGCGACGUUCAGGAGCGGAUUUGACAACCCUGGCGACUGGAACUCAAUUUAUCCAUUCAGCCAAUUCCUGGAUUCGUAUGUUCUCGACACAACGCCAUAUAUCCGCCGCCACACCUCCAACACGACUCUCGCACAAUCGUCCGAGCCUCUAACAAGUCUGAUUCAUGACGCGCCCAGGCUGGUUGCUGAAAACGUUUCGUACGAUCCCAAGACGGGUCUCCGAAAGCUCAGUAUCCUUUGCACACAUCCAAACUACAUCUGGACGGUCACCAGCUUUGAUGCAGAGGUGGUUUCGUGGUCCAUGGACGUCGAUGUGCCCUCGAAGGAUCACUUUCACUAUGUGAUCCGCAAUGCUGGUGGCUACCGUGGUGAGGGGUGGCGACUGGAUCUAGAAUAUCGCGCCACAGGACCGGAAGAUCGUCUGCACGUGGAAUUAACGGCGAUGGAGACUGAAGGAUUUGGGAAGGAUAUUGAGCGUGAGCUCGAAGGUAGUGGUGAUAUUGGGGUGAUGCGUAGGCUGGUCAAUGCGCGUCCAGAGUACAUCACAUUGACAUACUUCAGUUGUGUCCUUAGCCACUUUGAUCUGUAG